AGAAGGGGAAUAAAGUGGUACAUUUUUCAUACAAAUUUUGAAAUGGACCCUCCAUUGACUUCGCAUUUACCCCAAAGAAAGGAAUUUUUGCACUCCCAUGUCGCCCAUCCCAGAUUUUGUUUCCUGCUGCUCACUUUGUUCGUUCUUCUCUCAUUUCAGGGCAAAACAGACCCAUGGUGUUGAAUUAUUGCAAAAAUCCUUUGCCACAAAAUCCGCCCUCCCCAGCUGUGACUUUGACGAUGCCGAGCGCCCUUUCUGUGGCUGGACCCAAUCCGAGGACGGUGGCGGCCAGUGGCUCCGAGGGGAUGGGCCAAGGCCUGGGCAGAGCCCUGGACCUCCAGGAGGGAAGCCUGAACGGAGAGAAUAUUACAUCUACCCAGAAGCGGGGAAAACGGUGCAGCUGCAAAGCCCAGCUCUGGAUCCAGAUGCAGCCGAGAUCUGCGUGGAAUUCCUCUACUACCUGUACAGCUUCAGUGCUGGUGCCCAGUUGGUGGUAAAGGUCCAGGAUGCUUCAGGGAACGUCUCAACGCUGUGGACCAAAGGAGGGAUGCAGAGUUCGUCCUGGUUGCUGGGGACCGUGACCGUACAGAACCCUGUCCGGCGUCCCUUUCAGGUUGUGUUUGCAGCCACCCAGGCUGAGAAGAUGGAAAUCAAUAUGGGGCUGGACUCCAUCUCCAUCAGGGUCGGACCUUGCUCACCCUGUGUGACCGGCUGUGAUUUUGACACUACGGAUGACCUCUGCGGAUGGGAGAACCCGGCUGAAGGGGACAUCCAGUGGGAGCAGUGGCCUGGGGCAGGGGAUGACCCCAACGUGGGACCGGAGGACGACUUCUCCAAACCUGGAUUCGGCUCCUACAUGUUGCUGGAUUCCCUGGACCCAAAAAGCAGCGGGACAGCCCUCCUCAAAAGCCCUCCGUACGAGUCCCCGGGGGGCUGCCUCUCCCUCGACUUCCAUUACACUCUCCAUGGUGUCUCCAGUGAUACAACGCUCAAGGUCUAUGCAGCGGCUGUGGCAGGUAGGCAUGCACACUCUCUGGCCCAGCCAAGCCCAAGGGGCCCUUGUCGGAAUAAUGGUUUAUAUAUUGUGGGAAAUGUUCACUCAUUGUUAAAGUAAGUGUGUGGUGCUUCAGUAAGCAUUCCAGCAGAGAAAUGGUUAAAUGCAUAGAAUUAGAUUGACUGCCUAGUGACAUUAUUUAGCUUCCGUUUAACCUGGUCU